CGGUUACACAAAGCACGUGCUACUCAAAACUGGUACGAGGACUCGAGGAUGCACGAGGAGUGUUGAUAAUCAGUAGUGAGAAAAAUGCAUUUACAGUUAAAUUUAAUCGCGGCUGCAUGUGAAGGUAUGGGAAUUGGAGUAAAUGGAACCUUACCAUGGAAGCUUAAAAGUGAAAUGGCAUUCUUUACGAGCAUGACUACGAAAACGAAAGAUAAAGAUAAAAAAAAUGUUGUCCUUAUGGGACGAAGGACGUGGGAAUGUAUUCCUAAGAAAUAUAAACCAUUAAAGAAUCGAAUAAACAUGGUUCUAACGUCGCAAUUCUUGAAUUUCGGGGACCAGGCAAUUGUAUGCAAAAGCAUUCCGCAAGCUCUCGAAAUUAUUUCGCAACCUCCGCUGAAAGAUCAAGUUGAAAAUAUAUGGGUAAUUGGAGGGAGUUCUGUGUACAAGGCUGCUAUGGAGUCUCCUAAUUUCCAUAGAUUAUACCUGACGAGAAUAAAAAAAUAUUUCGAUUGCGACACUUUUUUCCCGCCGAUUCCUAAUACUUUCAUCUUGCAGCAAGAUGAAACCGUUCCUCAAGGUGUUCAAGAGGAAGAAGGUACGCAAUUCGUGUACGAAGUGUACGAAAAGAAGUAAAAUGUGCUUUCUAUUACAAAAUGAUUACUAUUUUUUAUACUAUAUACAAUUUACUUUGAAAUAAAUGCACAUGUAUGAAAGAUUCUACACUUAA